UAGUACAACAAUUAGCAAAAAAACCUACAAGACAAUCAACAAGACAAUUAACGAGACAACUAGCCAGGCAAUUAGCAAGACAAUCAGUAACACAAUCAGCGAGACAAUCAGCAAGGCAACUAGCAAGACAAUUAGCGAGACCAUCAUCGAAACAAUGAGCGAGAUAAUGAGCGAGACAAACAGCAAGACAAUGAGCGAGAUGAUAAGCGAGACAGUUAGCAGGAUAAUCAGAAGAACAAUUAGCAAGACAACUAGAAAGACCAUCAUCGAAACAAUGAUUGAGAUGAUGAGCGAGACAAUUAGCAAGACCAUCAUCGAAACAAUGAGCGAGAUAAUGAGCAAGACAAUUAGCAAGACAAUCAGCAAAAUAAUUAGAGAUGAUAAACCUUUGUGAUGGUGAUUAAAAUUUACCUUGAGAUUUUGAUGAAAGCUGGCUAGAUAUAUGCUGGAAAAAAGGUGAAAAGUCAUAUAGAUUUUAAGUGUUAACACUUAUGGUAACAUUGGACUUUGUUGUGUGUCUUCAAGAACGCGGAUAUAGUGAAUGAUUAUAGAAUUCUUUUGUUAACACUCGCUACAUAUUGAUUGUUCUAAUUAUGGUGCUUGUCAUAAUGUAAAUAUAUGUGUAAGCAUAUUUAAUUAUACUUGUGGUUGAAAUUAGGGAGAAUUGUCCCCUCGGUUCAGUAACAAAGAAACUUUUGAACAAAAAACCAGUAGCAGUCAAAAACUCAAAUCAGUCAUUAUAAUUUUUGUCGCUUUACCAUCGGCUUCUGUUCUAGAAGUUUUUUUUUUUUUUGGGAACUAGACAUUUAUGUGAAUUUUUUAUUAGUAAUAUUUUAACUGGAUGUAUAAACUGUCACGAGAUUGCCGGUUCUUUCAGUUUAAUAAAAUCUAUUCGAUCUAAAUCUAUAAGGAAAAUAAAUGUAAUUCGAAGGAUAUUACUCGUAACAAUUUCAACAUUUGGAUUACAUUCAAGUAACGGAAAUAUCAUAACACUUCCGAACACUUCGGAAGUUUCUAUCAUUGAUGAGGCAAUGCUCAAUAUAAUUGAAAAUUGUUUCCCUGAAGUACAAAAUAUAUUGUUUUGUGGUCACCACAAUGUCUCAACGAUUGAAACAAUAAAAAAUUUAAAUAAAUUUGCAACUGUACAACUCGAGACAUUAUCAUUAAUUGAGAAAACAGAUUACUAUCAUAAAAAAAUUGAUUUGAUGAUAGUGAACGAUCAUGAAUUGGAAUAUUUUAAUUCAACAUUAUCAAAUUGUAACAAUUUAAAAACAUCAACAAAUCAUAUCAUAGUAUUAAUGACAUAUAAAAAAGAGAAAAUUAACGAAUCAUUUAUCGAUAAUUUUUCAAAGUUAUGGGAUUGCAAUUUUCUUAUCGUGUACGCUGUAUGUUUAGAUUCAAAAAAAGGUUUGACAAUUUAUACAUUCAAUCCCUACACGGAUCGCACGACAUUUAUGUGGGAAAAAAUUAAAUUACAAUCUAAUUAUUCGAAGCAGAAAUUAGAUGACCGUUGGACAAUUCAUUAUCGGCCGUAUCUAAAAGGAAAUAUUUGUCAGGGAUUCAAAUUUGAUCGAACGAAACAUUUAGAUGGUUUUCGAGUACUAGGAGGAAUGAGCGAAUUUUCAUUUAGCUCUCUGGAAAUCGACAGAAUGAUCGAGAAAGCAAUAAAUGUAAGCAUCGUAAAUACAAGAAAUGUCUCACGUGUUAUUGCCAGAAUUCGUGAUUCUAUUCCAGGGCGGACUGCCGUGGGACCAUUACGAAAAUACAGCUUUGGUACAAUUUCCCAGCCACUCAAUUACUAUUCCUUUAAAAUAUUAACCUACAAUAGUGGACUACUUACUCCAUUGGAAAAAAUCUACAACUACUACGGCAACUUAACAGUCAUCUCAACAGUUAUAAUUCUCGCCAUAACAUUCAUCGUCGUCUAUUUAUCUGAGCAUAACUUUUCAUUCGCAGUAUUCGAAAUCCUUCGGCUUUUGAUAAAUACUGGCAUUAAAACGCGAAUUGACACCGUAAAGAGUCGGAUAUUUUUUUCAAUGAUUUUUUUGUAUUUUCUAAUAAUCCACGGAACAUUUAGCGGACGACUUGCCGGAUUUUUAACUAAAGCCGAGUAUCGAAAAAAUGUUGAGACUCUCGAAGACCUCAAGGAUCCCCGUUUUCAGAUAAUCUGGGCUAGUCAUAAGUUGGAAAGUUAUUUCGAGAAUACCUCGAUUCUAAAAAAAAAAAUCACUUUGCAAGUGUUCGAUUGUGAAUACCGUAUGAAAAACAACUUAUCGGUAGCUUGUAUUGACAGAGAUUAUAAAAUAUUACCGAUUGUAGACAGUGAGAAGUUGUAUUUAGCGAAGACGUCAGUAUUAUCAGGCUAUGAGGCGUUCGCGAUGCGCAACAACUGGCCUUUAGCAUCACGUAUCAAUGAUGUCACGAUAUGGGGCUUACAUUCAGGAUUGUUGUAUAAAAGGACGCAAGACAGAACUGCUCAAGAGGUUCGUAGAAUAGAAACUUUAAAAGCACGAUCAUUCGUUCCUUAUUGUCCGGUCGUAUUUGAAGACCUGAUGUUUUCUUUCAUCCUAUUGGGUAUUGGAUUGGCAUCAUCAAUCACCUGUUUCAUUAUCGAAAUAUUGAUCAAGAGAAAAAUCAUUUUCAGGAUACGUAAAAAGCUCAAAGAAAUGCACAUCAUACGUUGGAUAUCUACAGCUUUGUUUAAAUUUAAAAUUAAAGUAUUAUGGAGGAAAUUUAUUCAUUACUUACGUCGCAAGAAAUAAUACAAAUAGUGGGUUAUAUCUAUACUACUACAGGGUCUAUUCGUAAAAGUGCCUCAGAAAUCUUUAGUAUUAUGAGUACUCUGAUUCUUCACCAUCUAACGAAUCCAAAGGCGAAUCUGUUUGGCUGAACCAAAAAUAUUAUUGAAAUUCAAUAUUAUUUAUUGGUUUCUACAUUGAUUUAUCAGAAGUAUGUCAUAGUUUCGUAAACGGUAAUAACUUUUAAUCAUCGUGAUACUUCAAAAUUAACACUCGCGCCCGAAACUUGAUGAUAGUGAUCCAGAUGUGUUCCGGUGAACCAUGAGGAAUCAUAUAGAUUUCAAGUGUUAUAAUAGUGAACUUGCUGUGUGGCUUCAAAAGUGUGUAGAUAAUAAAUAAUUACAGUGUACUUUUGGUUACAAACAUUUCGUAUUGAUUUUUUCUACUAAGUUGCUCGUAAUAAUGUCAAUAAAUAGUAAUCAUAUUUGAUUGAUAUUAUGAAUUAAAUUUGAGAGAAUCAUCCCUUAGGUCCAGUGACAAAGGAAUCGUAGAAACCUCUAGCAAAAACAACAGUAAGUCAUUAUAGGUUUGGUUACCGUAACAUAAGUCCCGACUUUUAAGUAUUUAUUGAGUGGCAUUUUUCCGCGUGAAUCUUUUUUUAGUGAUAGUCAAACUGAAAAAGUAAUCGGUCAAGAAUUUGGGGAUGAUGCGUUUAAGAUGCGCACCAACUGGCCUUUAGCAUCACGAAUAAACGAUGUCGCGAUAUGGGGCUUACAUUCAGGAUUGUCGUAUAAAUGGACGACAGAUCUAACUGCUAAAGAGGUUCGUAGGAUAGAAACUUUAAAAGCACGACCAUUUGUUCCUUAUCGGCCGGUCGUAUCUGACGACUUGAAGUUUUCUUUCGUCCUAUUGGGUAUUGGAUUAGCGUUAUCAAUGAUGUGUAUCAUCAUCGAAGUAUCCAUCAAGAAAACAAACAAUGUCAAGGGACGUAGAAAAGUCAAGCAAGUACAUAUGACACGUUGGAUAUCCGCAGCUCUGCUUAAAUUCGAAAUUAAAGUAUCAUUUAGGAAAUUUAUUGAUGAUUUACGUUGUAAAAAUUAUGUAAAAAUUAGAGUUUAUUUAUAUUAUGAUAGGGUUCAUUUAUUGGAGCACCUGAGACAUUUAAAUCCAUAUGGGCAUCAGGACUCUCCACCAUUUAGUGAGUCCAAAAGAAAAUCUAUUCAGCUGAACCAAAAAUAUUAAGAUAACCCGAAAUUUUUCGUUGAUUCCUACGGAAAUCCAUCAGGGGCAUAUGAUCCUGUCCUGGACUCUGGUGACAGUUGACCAGAUAUGUACUGGGAAACCGUAAGGAGUUAUAUAGAUUUCAAGUGUUUCAAUGUUAAACUUUUUUGCGUGAAUUAGAAAGUUCGUAUAAAAUAAAUAAAUAUAUUUUUUUGUUACAAGUGUUUUUUAUUGAUCGUCCUAACUAAGAUGCUUGUAAUAAUGUAAAUAAAGCGUAAACAUAUUUAAUUAUACAUAUAGUUGUGAUGGGGGUAUAGCCACUGAAAGCUAUAGCCAGUCAUAACGUUUCGGAUUACCUUCAUAUCAACUUCUAUUCUAUACGUAUUCACUAAGUGAUAUAUUCUC